AUCGCCGGCACGUCGCACGUCUCGAGGCAGGCCGACGUGGCGCAAAGCCGAACGAGGCUUUUGCAGAACGUUAUCACGGGGGUUUCUUCUUGGAACCGGCAGGACGAGCAACGAAUACUGUGACGAUCUGAAGACAGUGCAAAAGUGACGGACGCCGUUUUACCACCAAAGUAACCAGAAAUCAUACGAGACAAUCUGCAUUUUCCAAUUCUGCUCCGUCGUCGAGGAACUACGCAUCCCGGACGCAUCGGCGAACUGAAUCUCGGAGCCUUAUACCGCGGGUCUAAGGCUGUCGAAGAUUACAAGAUCGAUCAGGGAAGAGGUGGCACCGAUUUCUGUCAAGUGCAGAAAUUGGCCGAGAGCGGAGAUUGGGAAUGCGGAGAACGCGCGUUCGAUGAAACCCGUGGCAGAUAGCGAGGCUCGUGACUCGAGAGUAACGGCGAACGAACGACCGACGUCGGAACGUUAAUCUUAGAGAAGAAGCGCGAAAUCCGCAAGGAUCCUCGGAACGAGCCGCGAUCCGAGCGAGGGGUCAGGAUGCUGCACGGGACUUUGCCGCGGGCGUUCGUAUCGCCGGGGAUCAAGUACCUCGCGGGUGGUUACGGGUACGGCGAUGACGGGUCGGGAUACGCGGCCGCCUACGCCGGCACCUCGUCCUUCGAGGCGGAGCAGUACUCGGUUAUACCGGAUCAGCACCACCACGCGUUCCCCACGUGGCACACGGUCCAGCGGCCAGCGUCGCCGAGCCCCCUGGACUUGUCGCUAAAGCCGAGCCCCGGCAGAGCGGAGAUGAGCACGAUCGACCACGAGCCCGAGGUAAAUCUGCGUCGGGAGCAGACGGUGGUGGCCGAGGGAUUCCAGCCGGAGUCGAGCGGCUAUUCGCCGCCGCGAGUGCCGACAACACCGCAACACCACCUUCAGGGCAUCAGCGCGCCGAUGACACCGCCGAGCACGCCGUCGCCGCCGCAGUGCCCGAGGAAACGGCCAAGGGAGGAUCCGGGCUCGGGUGGCUCCCCGGCGUUGGCCCUGCACGGCGACAAGGGCGAGAAGGGCGAGAAGGGCGAGAAGGGGGGGCCGCAGAGGUCGAAGAAGAAGCACGCGAGACGAUUGAAGUUCGACGAGGACACGAGCAGCCCCGUAUCCGGGACCGUUAUCCUCGGUCCCGACGAGGCGGUCGUUACCGGGGACAUCGAUCCCGCCUUCAACGUCGUCGAGGUUACCGUGGAGGCGCGGGCCGAGUUGGCAAAGAUCGAGAACCGGCUUGGGCCCUACCAGUGCAGGCUCUGCCGGCAGCUGCACGGGGAUGCCUUCCAGCUCGCGCAGCACCGCUGCUCCCGUAUCGCCCACGUCGAGUACCGAUGCCCGGAGUGUGACAAGCGGUUCUCCUGCCCAGCCAACCUCGCCUCCCACCGCCGCUGGCACAAGCCCCGGACCUCCAACCCGCAGCCCGACGGCCCCUCUAGCCAGCCCGCGAGCAUCGGGGCCGAGUUCGCCUGUUCGAACUGCGACGCUAAGUUCGGUCGGCAGGCCGCCCUACGCAAGCACCUCGCCGCACAGCAUCCCGAGUCGGCGGCACCGGCGCCCGCGGCCAGCGGGACAAACGGCGCGCACCUUGCAGUUUCGGCCCUGACCUGCGAAGCACCCUGACACCAAUUUCCUGCGAGACCAUUGCCCAGGAGGCCGGGACCCUACUGGAGAUUCGGUCUUGAUCUUAUGUGAGACCGGACGGCGACGAGGCGGACGGUUUUUCGGAUGGGUGGAAGGGGCGGGGGUUACCGGACGUUCAGGGCAUUCGAAACAAGUCGUGAGUACUGAAACAAAAUUUUCGGACUUCGGCUGGCGUGCAGGGGCUUCGCGGCUAUAGCGCCGCCGUCAACGCUGUCAUUAUCGUUACAUCGUUACUGUUCUUAUUGCUUCUAUUAUUCUUGAGAUAAAGUCGUUUUUAGCUCCGGAUGCUUUGCUCUCGUCAACCGAGAGACAAACAAAUUACCGAAACACCGUACGCCACUGGCAUGGCGCUUCGAACGGGGUGUAGUAAGUAUCGUUCUAGGCCACACGUUCACAUCGGCAUUAUAGCAUAGGUAUGUCAUUCCGGUACCUUCAGAUUUUUCAUUUACGUACCUUUGCUCGCGAUAUUUUCGGCCCGUUUGCUAAAUUCGCCAACUGUGGCAGUUUUCGUAACAGCGAUUCUCGAGAGAGAUGCCACGCUUCAAUUGAGCAACAGACAAACAUCGCAUCUACCCGUAAGCAAAUGUAAAUAGUCAAAUUCAGCGCAUUGUAUACGCGUUCGGCUGAUAAGUUUCUCAUUCGCUCUGAAAGUUAUUCGUUAUUCGGACUUGACGAAUCGAAUAAAUUACAUGUAUCGUAUCCAUCGAUCGUUUAUUUUUCACGAUUCAGUUGGUUAUCCGUUCCAGAUUUUCCGAUUGCUCUCUCCGUGUUAAUACUGUAUGUUUAAUUAUGCAAUGCUGGUCAACCGAACUGAUUUAUAAUAAGGGGAAUAAACAACUUUUCAAAAACGAUCAUACGGUUCAGCGUCAGCACUAGAGUCAUAUACGUAUGUCUGUUGUAUAACGAUGGGAUCGACAUUGUCACCCGAUUAUUGUUCAUAAAAUUUUAUAUUUCAAGAAGAAUUGUGGAACAUGAAAGAAAAACAAUUCUAAAAUGAGUGUGAAACAUUGUAAAUCGUUGUACAUUGAUUAGUUGUAACGAGAAAAAUUGAUAGAUUAUAAAAUAGUAUACGCGGUAAUAGUACCUGUACAUUGUAAAUGUGUAGAUAGCAUCGCAGUGGGUUACUCAAGAGUAUGAUACUGAGAAAAAUAUUAUUAGAAAUAAUCAAGAAUCGAUGACAAUUAUAUAGUAUUCUUGUUGACGGAAGGUGAUGUUACGUAGAUCCAUUAAAAACCAGAGCCAAAAAUUUUCUAGAAGCUUCUCGAACAGACCUUACGUUCUUAUGGUCGUAUGUAAAAACGUUUUUUUCUAGUCGUAUAUUUUCACCCGGACCAGUCAAUCAUCGCGGGUGAGUACCUACUGAUAAUAAUGAAUGCAGAUUGGUAAGUGAUGAUUGAUUCACGGUCGUACAGCUAACGAUAUCAAAGAUAAUUAAGGCAACCGCGCAUAUAACAGUUUAACGUAUAAAGUCCGACCUUAGAAUCACCGGAUCUAAUUGUAAAAUCUGCGAUAUAUGUGAUUUCAGCGUCUAAAUGCGCAUCUAGUCGGUAACGUCUAGUCAAAGUAAAAGUCUAGUCUGUCAUAGGUGUAACGUUGUCUAGUUUCUGUAAAUUAUUUAAAGAAAUAUCUCUUGUCUAGUCGUAUCGCAUUGGCGUAAUUUUAAUCAAAGAAGAAUAACCGCACUACGAUACGUAUAGGUGCAUAUUACACGGUGCAGAGGCCAAGAAGUUGAUCGUCCGACCUAAAACCCAACAACAGAUGGUCUGGGCGACCCAAGGACAUA